UCUCUCGCAUCUGUUGCAUACAUAGCAAAACGACGAAUCGAAUUAUUUUAUCCUCGUACGCGUUUAUUUUUCUCACCGAACGGAAAAUUGAAUCAGAUCUACUAAAGAGAUUUAGGAAACAACUACGCAUAUGUAUGCGAUGUUUGCAUGUCUUUAUCCAGCUUCCGCGAUAUCGAAACCGCGAUGGUUCGAUCGAAUUUAACAAUCGCUGCCGUGUUACUCGUUAAAAAAAAAAGAGGUGUAUGCGCGAAAUAAAGGCCUGCACUUUUUAUGAAACGCUAUUUGCUGUUUUGGCGAACACAUUACACCUGUGUCCUACGUCGACAAUAAUAAUAUACGUGUCGAAAGAAAUUUAUCUGAUAGAGUUCUGUUUGUUACCCAAUUUAUUUAUCAAUAAGUCAUCACAAUAUUUUUGCAAAGAAAAUUUUCGAUUAGCCACAGUGAUUUUCCAGCAGAGCGAAACUUAACAUUUUAAACCUAAUCCUAUAAGGAUUUUUAUUAAAAAUAAAAUAUAUAUUCCAAGAAACGAUAAUGUGUUUACAACGAAGCGAGAUAACAUUGGAAAAUAAUCACUGAUACGGAAAUCGAAACGUUGCCGCGAGGGGAGUAAGACGAUGGAUGUCGACCCACGGGUCGGAUGUUUAUUUCGCCUUCAGUUUGUCAUUUCUUACUGUUGAACCAAGAGUCAAGAUAGUACAAGUCUUACAGUUUGUCGCACACAGUGUAUGAUGCGGCAAACGGAUCGAACGGUGAGCAUGAUCCUACGAAGGCCCAGGAGGGAUUCCGACCUUGUGCUAUCGUAUUUCGGUCAUCUCAAGGAACAUCUCUUUAAAUUCCUCGUCAUCGGUGACUACGGUGUCGGCAAAACUGCGCUGGUUAGAAGAUACACGGAAGGAAAGUUUUCCUCCAAUUACAAGAUCACCAUAGGCGCCGAUUUUGCGAUAAAAACGCUCGAUUGGGAUCCGCAUACUAAAAUAAACUUGCAGUUAUGGGACAUCGCCGGUCACGAGAGAUUCGGAUACAUGACAAGGGUCUAUUAUAAAUAUGCAGUGGCCGCGGCUCUCGUAUUUGACAUUUCGCGCGCGGCGACCUUUCAAUCGAUGAAGAAGUGGCUGUACGAUCUCAGGGAAAAGAUCACAUUACCAGAUGGCUCGGAUAUACCGAUCGUUCUUUUGGCGAACAAGUGCGAUAUAUCAGUCGCCGUGACUGACGAACAGAUCUCCAAGUUCUGUAAGGAAAACAAGAUAAACGCCUGGUACGCGACCUCCGCCAAAAACAAUACCAAUGUCGAUACAGCAAUGCGCUAUUUGGUGGAGAAGGUGUUGUGCUCGAAAAUUGACAAUGGUGUACACGAUUCGAUAAAAUUACAACGUGAGAACUUGUCGAAACAUGAGUUUAGUUGCUGCAAAUAAAGCGAAAAGGACAUUUAUUUUAAGAUUUUAUGAUCACUCAAAGAUAUAUAUAUAUAUGUUGAACGAAGCAUGUAUCAACGACGAGAUAAACAAUCGAAAAAUCUUGGAACAUAGUCAUAAAAUGUUCCAUGCGAACGAAAAGUGAAACUAUAAUUACGUCGUCGAAAAAUUUCUAUAUUAAAAAUUUUUAUAUUGUAAUACACAACAUUUGUUUUAUACAAUAAUCUUUUUUGUCAUUUUUACAUUUAUAUCACUAACUGCGUCAGUAAGAUUGUUCUUUUCCUUAAACGUUUUGUAAUAAAUCAUAGGAAAAAUAA